AGUUUCAUGCAUGACAAUGACAGAUUCUCUUCCUUAGUUCUGAAUUCUGAUAACAAAAUGAACGGAAGGGAGAUUGAAGCGAGUUAAUAUUUGUUAAAAAACUGUAUUGAAAUCUCGUUUGAAUUACAAGUAAAAUAAAACUACAAAAUGAAUUGUAAAGUUUGCAGUAGGAUCAUCAUUUUCUAAUUGAAGCAGUAGCUUCGUGAACUGUAAAUUACGAGCAAACGAAAAAUAUUAGUUGUUUACUUUUUUUGCGUAAAUGUUUUCUUAAAUUGAGCGAAAAUCAUGUAUAGGUUGAUCUCACUUUGUGUAGCACCUUUGUGCGUGGGCGUGUUGUGGUAUUGUCCGCCUAUAUGGAAGUUGGUCUAUUUGUUUAUUCUUACAAUAUUCCUAGUGUUGGGAGCUGUAACGUUUACAUUUUGGGGUCAUGUAUCGUUAUCUUCUCCACACCAAACCUCCCUAUUUUUAUUGGAAAGAGUCGAGAAAGAAGUUCGUCAAAUCGAGGAGACGUUAAAGGAAGACCAGUCUAAUUGGCCUCACGCGACCAAGAAGUCGCAUUUGCCUGUUAUAUUUGGGCGCACUGUAGACAGUCAGCUACAGCUUCUAAUUGAUUAUGUGCUGCGAGACUUUGUGGCUCGUUGGCUGAAAGAGCUUUCUCACAAACCUGAGCCAGUGAUAGACAAGUUCAAGGAGCAUGUGUGGGGUGCAGUGCAGAACUUGUACGAGAGACUUUUACGUGUGGAUGCUGAGAAACUGCUGGCCAGUGACAUGGUGACUAAGAUCACACAGCACUUUGAAAGGAUUAGAAUUGCCAGGAGUUGUGCAUUAGAACUGAAUCAACCUCCUGUGUUUGCUCUGGCCCCGCACCUGAUGGCUGCAGACACGGAACUGCACUACUUGAGGCAAAUCAGUGAACUGAUCAUCAUGUUCCUUAUGCCUCGGUGCUAUUCAUUGGCCCCUGCCACACACCUCAUGAGAGAGAUACUGGCUUGCAAAGUUUUACAGCCAGCAAUAGAUCUUGUCACUGAACCAGACUACAUAAACCAGAAGAUUAUCCAGUAUCUUGAGGCUCAAAAAGAGGUUGAUGCUAUGCAUGUACGGACUCAUGAGUACGCUAAAACAUUUGAGGACUACAUCCGUCUAAUAAACAGCUGCAAUAAUGUCGACACACUGAAGCGGUUACGUUACGAUAUCGUCACACAAAUAAUGCAAGCUACUACUCUACAAAAUGUGAAACGAGCAAAAGGCGUCGACAUAGAGGUCAUAGAAAAAAGCGGUUCGCAGAACGUUAGUCGGCAACAAAUUGCUGAUGCUAAAAAGCUAAAGAGAUAUAUAAAUCAGCUGACUAUUGCUAAAGCUGAGUGUGAAACUGCCCUUAGGAAGCUUGGUUGGGAUGGCGCGUUUCCGACCGUGGAGUCUGAUAGCAAGACUCUUCCCUUACACAAAAUAAUGGAGAGUGUGACUGGUCGGCGAUAUCUUGCCAUGUUUCUGGAGACGAUGUGUUCUCAAGGUCUGGUUGGCUUCUGGAUGGCUGUUGAAGAGUUGAGGCACAGCCCCAGGAGUAGCUGGCAUCAGCUCGGCGCAGAAAUAUUUUAUACCUACAUUAGAUCGCCUAGCGCGGAAAUUAAAGUUGAUAAGGACACUAGAAAAAGAAUGGAAGCAUUUCUACUAGGAGAUAAGGGCCCAGAAGUGUUCUAUGAAGUUCAAGAUACUGUAGUGGACACCAUACAGGAGAAAUACUAUCAUUCUUUCCUUCUGAGCGAUCACUAUACUGCGUUGAUCGCCGAGCUCGCUACUGAAGAGGCUAAUAAAGAUAUAACAUCAGACAGAUCGCCAAUAGAAGACCGACAGCUUUCAAAUGAGUCGGUGUCAUCAGCGGAAAGCGUGGCCGGCACCAUACACCUUACCGAGCACUCCACGUACGCUAGACGAAAGCUCGAUGAGUUACAGGAACGACAUAAUAAUAAGAUUCAGGCAUUAGCAGCUCUCCGAGCAUCAUUGAAACCAGAAUCCCCAGCUCUGGCCAUGUUAGCGAAUGAAGUGGAGAAGUUAGCGGGCGAACAGAUGAGGUUGGAGGCGCAUCUAGCGAGGACUGACACUUGGGCCGAACAUCUCGGGCGGUGGCGGGCUUCCGUGCAUAGUGCUGAGGUUAUAGAUGAGUCCAAACCACCCCAGUUUGUCAUAGUGGUACAUAUGGCCGAACAAGAGGCUGCAAAUGAUGAUGACAGACCAGAACAGAUUACUACAGGAUGGGUGCUUCUCAGGACUUUGAACGAAUUUCAGGAAUUACAUCGAAAAUUGCGGCCUAUGUGUGCAGAAUUGAAGAAUUUAGAAUUACCGACGAAUUCGUUUAAGUUUCUAUUUGGAAAGAACGACAAGAACUCUCUAGAAAAAGCGAAGAUUUUAAUACAAAAAUAUUUAGAAUUUGUUUUAGAAGACGACAGACUAAACCAAAGUGAAGCUUUAUACACAUUCCUUAACCCUAGUUCGGAGUAUCUGAAGCAGGGAGACUUACCAAAGAAGAAUAAAUUUUCAUUCUCAACUUUAUUUAAGAGUACGAGUAGUGAGGCGACGACUAGAUCUUCACAAGAGAAGGAACAGUUCACGCAUUUGUCUGCGGAUGAAGACGAGAUAUCACUGUACCUAGAUGGUAACGGAGCUGAUAACUCUAGCAAAGCUAUGACUACCUCUUUGCGUGGUGCAGGCGCCAUAGCGGAGGAACGCGACAGUAUAGCGGAGCCGCUGUACGCGUUACUGAGCGAAGUGUUCGACAUGCGCGGCGUGUUCCGCUGGCUCAGGAAGACGCUCGUCACCUUCGUGCAGAUCACAUACGGCAGGACUAUUAACAGGCAAAUCAAAGAGACAGUGACGUGGCUGUUCUCUGAACAAAUGUUGCACUACUACAUAAGUGUGGUGCUGAAGUCAUGGUGGCCGGGCGGGACCCUGUCGGAGAACACCUCUAAUAGGAACUUUCAAGAUAAAGAGCACACGCGCACGCUAGCGCUGCAGCAGCUGAGCGAGAGCGUGCUGGACGCGCUGUCGUCGCUGGUGGGCGCGCAGGCGGCGGCGCGCGGCGCGCACAAGCUCUUCUACACGCUGCAGAACACCACGCACAACAAGCAGCUCUUCUAUGUAAGUGUUACAUCACAGAGCACACGCGCACGCUAGCGCUGCAGCAGCUGAGCGAGAGCGUGCUGGACGCGCUGUCGUCGCUGGUGGGCGCGCAGGCGGCGGCGCGCGGCGCGCACAAGCUCUUCUACACGCUGCAGAACACCACGCACAACAAGCAGCUCUUCUAUGUAAGUGUUACAUCACAGAGCACACGCGCACGCUAGCGC